AUGGCUAUUUUAUUUUCCCACAAAUAUGUUUGGGUGACCCAAAAAAUGAUUAACAAAAUCAAUGUUGUGGUAGUAGUGGAUGGAUAUGGUGUUAAUUUAGACGGUGCAAAUUUAUCACAUCAUGGAGUUCACUAUGCUAUACAUAGUAACGGUAACUUUGUUAGUUCACAGCAAGGUCGUGGAAUUAAAAGAACGAACCAUGAAUUGCCGCCACACUUAAAUACUGUGCACUACCUCAUAAAUGGCCACAUGGCUCAAGCUGGAGUUGAGAAUCCUGUGGACUUAUCAAAUGGACGAAUAUCCAUGACUGGAUUGUCGAGUGAUAGUGACAACCAAUAUGAACGACAUAGUGACGAUAGACAAUCAUCACAACAACAACAAUCUCAAUAUAGACAUAGUGGUGUGCGUGUAGGCAUUCCAGAUCAAUCACAUGGUAAUAUACCUUUACGUACGUACAUUUUCUAUUACAGUACAGUCUUUAAUUUUGCAUUUUUUUCAUGUACUUUUUGA